UUCUAAAAUACUAGUUUUUUUCAGACUCCCCGGAGAUAUAAUCUCCCUCGAGUGACCGCCGUUCAGGGAGAAGAGGUUGCUGAUUGGAAAUUCCAUCCUUUCCGGGAAAUUUUCCCCGAGCCUCUUGGCUCAUUUUGGGCAAGGCGGAGUUUCCAAGGCACUUACCACCCGAAGGACUGCGUGGGCCCCGCCUCCUCCCUGUUAUAUAGGCCACGAGCAUUAGCAGCUUCUGGCAAAAGUGGAGUGUGUGUAUGAUCAGCUCGCCGGUGGAAGGAAGAAGGUUCGCCUGCCAGCUCUGACUUCCAGACGCCGCGGUCUUCCAUAGAAGAAAAUGCAAAAAUCAAGGCCCUUUUUCUAUAGCAGUCCUCCAAAACUUGUUAAACAGACUGAAAGCAAGAAGACAGCCAAACCUUCGACAUCUUCUGAAUCAGAACCUGAUUCAUUGUCAAUUGAAUCAUCCUCUGAAGAAGCCCAUCCAAAGAACCACAUGAGAACUGAGAACCACAAGCAGACUCCUCCCCUUGAAUGUUUUCCUCAAUCACUUUUGGAACUCAGUAGAACAGACCGUGAUAAGGACAAGCCGAAAACAGGAAUAAUACGAAAAAUUGUUCAUUUUUUUGACAGAGGUGGGAAAAGAAAAGAAAAGAAACCUCAGGAGGAAAACUGUCAACCGAUUACAGUUGACCAAAUCAAGAAGCUGAUUAAGAGUCAACAUUUUUAUGAAGCCAGUCAACAUCUCAUUGUCAUGCAAAAAGAAUCCAACAGCAAUCUGGACAGCAGCAAUGAUGAAAAAACACUAGGCAAUUGGGCUGAAAUUGAGGUUUUGUUAGAAGUUUUAUGUCAAAAGGUCUUCAACAUCAUACAGUCAUCUAUCAGCAUAGCAUCAACAGAGCCAGAAUUGCUGAAUAAUGCAGUGAGAGUAGUAAUUAAGUGGGUGGAGAAGGAGGAGGAGGAGGAGAAGGAGAGAUCUAUUCAUUCCCAGUUCAAAACAUGGAAAGAGGAAUGGAGGGACACUAUCCAGAAAUCUGUAGAAGAACGAAUGAAAGCAUCUCCUGUGGUUGAUAACAAGAACCUCUCUACCAUUGCUAGCACUUUCUUGUAUAUGGGUAAGACUAUGAAGAUGGACAUGAUUACAGUGGUGCAGCAUAUUAAACAGCAUUACCCUGAGGAUUUUCAGGUGUGCAACACUUAUGCCAAGUUCUACCACCAAUACUUUUCAUCUCAGAUGGCGAUGUUUGCCGACUUUGAAUUGAGCAAAGAAGACAAUUACCUAAUUCUCAACUGGGUGCAAAAUUUAUAUCCAAAGGACAUUAAAAACAACAGUGAUUUGGUUAAAGAGUUGGAUGAAGCUAAUCUUGGAAACUUGUUGCCAUUGGAACAGAUCAAACAGCUUGAACAAACUUAUUUGUCCCAGGAAGUGGAUUUUAUUAGAUGUUGUCUGGACAAGUGUUUGAAAAUAGAAGUCAAUAGCUGGACGCAAGAGGCAAAGCCAAGGAUAUUAGAUAAUUAUUAUCAUAGUGAAUUAUCAAUAGAUGCUAUAAAGGCUAUCAGUGAAGUACAAGAAUGUGCUAAGGCCAUCACUCGAGAGGUGGGCCACCAAAUGUCAGCUUUGCUUUUGACAGAACUCUUGACUUUUCUGCAAAGCUACAACAACGAACUGGAGAUAUUCAUUAGAGAAAAUAAUCAGAAUAUAUAUUUUGAAGCUAUAAUAAUUGCAAACAUUAACAAUUUCGAGAAUUUCUGGACCCAUACAGAGAAAAACACAGAUUCAGCUGAGAGUGAUGUUAAAACGAACAUCUUUUCCAUACUUGAGAACAUUCGGACGACUGGGUUUAAUGUGUUCCUUGAACCCUUGUUUCAAGAGUCACAGACGCUUUUGAGACAGUUUAAUGAGAAGAGAUGGGCUUCCUGCAGUGAUCUUAUGGAUGAAAUAAUUACAUGCAUGGAUGCCCGUAUCCGUGUGUUCAAGAUGCUUAAAAACCCUCAUCGCCAGGUUAUCAUGGAAAAAAUUCAUCUCUUUCUAGUCCAAAAAUACAUUGAAAGGCUUGUGUGGAGAAAAACCACACUCAAAUCUCCUGAGAAGCAAAAUCAAUUGUCUGAACUUAUCCGAAGUCAUGCUUCUAUUUUGUACACAUUUUGCACAGAGAAUGGGUCUAAUGCCACAUGGCUGGAAUCUGCUCUCCCAAGCUUGGCUGAAAUCAUCAGACUUCAAGAUCCAGAUGCUAUUAAGAUUGAAGUCUGUGCACUUGUCAGUAAAUAUCCUGAUAUCAAAAAAAAACACCUCUAUGCCAUCCUGAACAUUAAGCCCUUAUCCAAUGCCAACAUUAAAAGAAUUAUGAGUAUGCUAAAGAUUCAUGAAGAUGCCACGCUGCCAUAAUUAUCACUGUUUUCAGGUGUCAGGGUACCAUUUAAAUAACUGGGAUAAUUUCCAUUUAUGGAAAAAGUUGUAUUUAAUAAAGUUCUACUGUUGGCAUAAUUGCAUAACUCAAUACUCAACCCUGGGGAAAAAAAAGUGACGUUUAGAUGGAAUGUAACAUUCAAUACAGCUAGUCCUCGUUUUUUGACCAUAAUUGGAACCAGAAUUUCUGUUGCUAAGCAAUACAGUUGUAAAGUGAGUCACAUUGGAGUUUAUGACUUUUUUGCCACGAUUAUCAAGUAAACCACUCCAAUUGUUUAAUUUGGCUUCCCCCAUUGGCUUUGCUUGUGGGAAGUUGUCUAGAAAGGUUGAAAAUGAUGAUCAGGUGACCAUUGGAUGCUGCAACCAUCAUAAAUACAUGCUGGUUGCCAAGUGCCUGAAUUUUGAUCAUGUGACCAUGGGAUGCAGCGAUGAUCGUUAAGUGUGAGGACCAGUCCCAAGUCACUUUUUUCAGUGCCAUUGUAGCUUCGAAUAGUCACUAAACUAAUAGUUGUAAGUUGAAGACUACCUGUAUAUUAAUCAUCUUGCAGGAAGCAUCCAGUACCUUCAUGCUGGUUCAUUUUCCCCUAUAAAAACUAGGGCCUAUAUCUCCUGCAAGCUAUCUCAUAUAGGUGGAACAGAUAUGACGUUCAGAGGUUGUUUCAUUUUUCUGCUAUUAAAGCAUUUGGCUGGAAGAACACAUGUUUUGCAUGUGAUUUCUUUGGGACAGAUGGAGUUAAGAGAACAAAGACCUUCGUGAAAUUACAGAGGAUACAGAAUGAAAUGAACAUUUGAGACAUAGCCUUAGUUAAGAAACAAAAUCCAGCUAAAGCUCUCUCACGUUAAACAAAUGACCAUAUGAAAAUAAAAUGUAAAUCGAGCUUUGCCUAAUUAGUCUAUCGUUAUCAAAAGCCAGUUUUAACUCAGCAUUUUGUUUACAGCUCCUGAGAUAAGAACUAGUGUAGUGCAGCAUCACAAGAACUGACUAGAGCAGGAGAGUCAAACUCAAGGCCUGUGGGCCGGAUCCAGCUGCGGGAUGCUUAGAUCUGUCCCGCAGGGCCACUCUGGAAACAGUGAAGGACUGGCCCGUGAUGUCUCUGCAGCGAAAAAGGGCUCCCGAUCUCCAUUUCUGGCAGAGGGUUGCAGGAGGCUGUCCCAGCCGAAAACUGGGAUGAAAAUGGGAGCCCAUUUUCACUGGCAGAACGCUCCA